ACUGGCAGCCCUAUUGGCUAAAUUUUAGGAUUUUAGGGUUAAGACCGAAGCAUAAACCAGGCAUAAGUGAGAAUCUGCGUAGAACCGUAGAAUGUAUUGGAGAGGUAGGAGAAUAUCGUAGAGAUGUAGAUAUUAAUUAGGAUUGAUUAUCAGCUGUAAAAACAGCUAUAAGCUGAUGUUUAUUGUUGUGUUAAUGUUGUUCAACAUUAGCAGAUAAGCGAUAAGAGAUAGCACGAGACGUUUAUUUGGUGUGAAUGUAUGUAUUCUUGUUAAAGAUUAACUGUUGCAUAUUUCGAUUAUACCAGUAUUUCGCAUGCAAUCGAAGCAAUCAAGGCUUUUGGACGUCGCAGUUUUGAAGAUAGAGAAUGGAAGAUGUCUUUGACAAAUCAAAUGUUUGACUGUAUAAAAACAAAUAAUUUGACAAAAGAGGAACUAGAUCGAAUAACUGAUGACGUAAGUAAAGCUUUAAUUGACCCAAAAGGCAACGAACUUUUUGAAAGCUAUCUUUCUCAGUUCAAGUUUUCGGAUGGUUUAGCAAGUUUGAGAUUGUACAACACUUGUUCAAAGAUCCUGAAUGAAAAGCAUAAUAGAGCGAGUCAAGGAAAUUUAUCGAAAGAAUCAUUGGAAUCACUUAUUAUUAAAGUAAAAAUGAUAAAGGAGACUAUCGAAAAAGAUGUGACUGUAAUAGAUUUUGAUGUUAUGACAGACUUAAACCAAGCCUUGAUGACAAAAAACAAAGAAAAGUUAGUCAGUGUAUUAGAAAGAAUCAAAGAAGAAUGUCAAAAUAGUUUAAGAAAUUUGCACCAAAAUUUUAGACUUUACCUUUUGAAAAAUAACAGUGUAUCUCACCCUAAAGAGUGA